AUGUGGCGCGGGGAGGACGUGUACGCCAAGAUCGCCAGGGUGCCCGUCGACGACCCAGCCUCGCCGUCCUUCUACUACCACGGCGUGGAGCCGGUGGACCCUGCUCGGAUGGUGGAGCACCUCAAGCAGGGGCUCGGCAAGCACGGCCAGAUCAGGCAUGUCCAGGAAAUUCCCGGCCGCGAGGCGUCCUUUUGCCCGCUCCCGUCUCACCUCUCGCAGCCCACCAGGGACGCGCUCAGGGCCAUCGGAGUGACGAGGCUGUACAGCCACCAGGCCCAGGCCAUCGCCUCCGCCUCCGGGAAGAGCAAGCACGUGGUGGUGUCCACCUCCACAUCCAGCGGCAAGUCCCUGUGCUACAACGUGCCCGUGCUGGAGUCCAUCUCGCGUCCCGCCGCGGCGUCGUGCGCGCUCUACAUCUUCCUGACCAAGGCGCUGGCGCAGGACCAGCUCAAGACGCUGCAGGGGAUGAUGAAGGGCGCCGGCGAUCUCAGCGACGUCGUCAGCAUCUACGACGGCGACACCCCUAUGAAAGACCGCGCGAGGACCAGGGACGGCGCGAGGCUGCUCAUCACCAACCCGGACAUGCUGCACGUCUCGAUACUGCCGUGCCACACGCAGUUCCGGCGGAUCCUGUCCAACCUCGAGUACGUCGUCAUAGACGAGGCGCACUCGUACAGGGGCGCCUUCGGCUGCCACACCGCGCUCAUCCUCCGGCGGCUGAAGCGCGUGUGCGCGGACGUCUACGGGAGCCACCCGACCAUAAUAUCCUGCACGGCGACACUGGCGAACCCCCUGGAGCACGUCACGGAGCUCGCCGGCCUGGACGCUGACGACGUCGAGCUCGUGCAGAACGACGGCAGCCCGUGCGGGCCCAAGCACUUCCUCCUGUGGAACCCGUCGGUGUCAAGGCAAGGGAGGUGCCCGAGCGCAGCGCAGGAGGUCUCCCACCUCUUCGCCGAGAUGGUCCAGCACGGGCUCCGAUCCUCGAGGAGACCUCGGCCGAGCUCCGACUACAUCUGCGUGUACCGCGGCGGCUACGUCGCUGAGGACCGGCGGAGGAUCGAGGCCGGCCUGUUCGGCGGGACACUCCGCGGCGUGGCGGCGACGAACGCUCUCGAGCUCGGGAUCGACGUCGGCGGCAUCGACGCGACGCUGCACCUCGGGUUCCCCGGGAGCAUGGCGAGCCUGUGGCAGCAGGCAGGGCGUUCUGGGAGGAGGUCGAAGCCGUCCAUCGCCAUCUACGUCGGCCUCGACGGCGCGCUGGACCAGUACUUCAUGAGCUUCCCGCGCAAGUUGUUCGGCGAGCCGGUGGAACACUGCCACGUCGACGCGCGCAACCGCAAGGUCCUGGGGCAGCACCUCGCCUGCGCCUCUUUCGAGAAGCCGCUGUGCCCGGAGCACGACGAAAGGUACUUCGGUCCCGGCAUGAACGGCGUCAUGGUGACCCUGAGAGAUCAGGGCCACCUGACGAACACGAACGUGGAUGAUUCUUCAGGCGUGUGGAAGUACGUCGGGCCUGACAAGAACCCUGCUCGCGCGGUGAGCAUACGAGCGAUCGAGCACGACAGGUACAAGGUGGUCGACAAGCAGGGCUACCGGGUGCUGGAGGAGAUCGAGGAGAGCAAGGCUUUCUUCCAGGUGCACGAGGGCGCCGUGUACAUGCACCAAGGCGUCAGCUACUUGGUCGAGCAGCUCGAUCUGUCGUCGAGGACUGCGUACUGCAGAGCGGCACCUGAUCUCAAGUACUACACCAGAGUUCACGACGUCACCGAGAUCAACAUCCUCCAAAGCAACUGCUUAGUCAAGCGAUUGGAGGGUGACAACGGAAUGGGUGAGAUGUCCGACAGCAUCGAGCUCGACCUGCCAACGUACUCCUUCCACACGCAAGCUGUCUGGGUGAGCGUUCCUGUGGCGGAGAAGGCGGCCGUGGAGCAGAGAGGACUGGGGUUCGACGGCGGCGUGCACGCGGCGUCGCACGCGCUGCUCAGCGUCCUGCCGCUGCGCAUGAUGUGCGCCGCCUCCUACCUCGGGACGCGGUGCGCCGCCGCCGCGGUGAUCGGAAGCGGGAGCGGGAGCGGAGCUCCGGGUGAUGGUGGUGAUAGGGCGCCCGGGGUCCUGCUGCUGUACGACAAGCACCCCGGCGGCAUCGGCCUGGCGGCGCAGGUGGAGAGCCUCUUCGGAGAGCUGCUGGUCGCGGCUCUGCAGCUGGUCUCGGCGUGCGGCUGCGCCGGCGCGGAUGGAUGCCCGAGCUGCGUGCAGUCAUUCGCGUGCGGUGGGCACAACAGGAACCUGGAUAAGCAGGCGGCGGUCCUGAUUCUCAGGGGACUGAUUGAGAACGAGAGAUGCUAUGAUGGCCAAGCCAGAAACUUGUGA